AUGUUAUCUCAAUUACUUACUGCUGCAAUUGCUAUAAACACUGUUGUUGCUUCACCAUAUGCAGUUCCAUAUUUUGGUAAAUAUUUCCAUGGUCAAAGAACUUCAAAUGAUUCAUCAUCUGAUGGUAACAAUUAUCCAGUAAAAGAUUGUUCAGCUUUUAUUGCAAGUACUCCAGAUUCAUGGUCAUGUCAUAAUAAAACAGUUAUUUCAAAUGAAUGUUGUUUUGAAGAUUAUGGUAUAUUAAUGCAAGCUCAAUUUUGGGAUUAUAAUACUACCUUGUUAGAUAUUGCAGUUAAUGGAUCAACUCAAGAUGUUGUUGAAGCAGAAUUAAGAGCACAAAUUAGUUCACUUGAUGAUGAUUUAAAAAAGACAUUUACAAUUCAUGGUUUAUGGAAUGAUUUAUGUAAUGGUUCAUAUAAUCAAUAUUGUCAACCAUCAUUAGAAGUUAAUAAUACUAUAGAUAAUUUAACUGAUUUAAUUGGUAAUAAAUUUAAAGAAACUCAAUUAUUAAAAAUUAUGAAAAAAUAUUGGAUUAACACCCUUAAAUCAAAUGUUGAUGAUCAAGCAAGUGCAUCAUUAUGGGAGCAUGAAUAUAAUAAACAUGGUACAUGUAUGAAUACAUUAAAUCCAUCAUGUUUUAAUUCAAAUUAUACAAAAUUUGAAAAUACUGUUAAUUUUUAUAAAAAAACAGUUGAAAUUUGGUCACAAUUAGAUACUUAUGAAUUUUUAGCAGCAGCAGGUAUAUAUCCAACAACAACAAGAAAAUAUAAAUUAUCUGAUGUUGAAAAAGCAUUAGCUGAAGCUCAUGGUGGUACUGUUUAUGUUGGAUGUUUAAAUGGUGCAAUUGAUGAAAUUUGGUAUUACUAUAAUUUACAAGGAAAUGUAUUAACUGGUACUUAUAGACCAAUUGAUCAAACUGGUAAAAGUUCAUGUAAUUCAACUGUUUGGUAUAUUCCAAAAUAG